GAUGCCAGAUGUAGAUGCGUCCUUUGGUAUUCAUCCCAUCAUUAGGCGGUUCGGCUUUGGGGACGACGCAGGAGUGGUGCGGGCUUUGGGCUGCAAAUAAUGCAAGGCGCUGUUCUCUUGGCUGUACAAGCACAACCAGUCCGAGUAAAGUUGGCGAGGAGCAUCAAUUGCAAUACCAGUAGUGGUCAUCCGUCCGCCUCCGCAGGCUCAGGCACUCCAAGCCAGAUGGCGGCCGCUGGUCCGAAGUGGGCUCAGAAGACUGUUACGCUGCCUCCUCAUAGGCGGGGCUGUCAUCUCAUCACCCCGAAGAUAAUGAAGGAAAUUGGACAAGACUUGGCAGAGUUCAAAUGUGGCCUUGCUCAUAUCUUCUUGCAGCAUACAAGUGCCUCUCUUACCAUCAAUGAAAACUAUGAUUCGGAUGUUCGCAGCGAUACUGAAACCUUCCUCAAUAGGAUAGUGCCUGAAGGGACAUCUGCUCCUUGGAAGCAUACACUUGAAGGUCCGGAUGACAUGCCAGCACAUAUUAAAUCAUCAAUGUUUGGCUGUGCUCUCACGAUUCCAAUUACAAAUGGAACGUUUAAUAUGGGUACUUGGCAGGGAAUAUGGCUUUGUGAGCACCGAGACCACCCCACUGCACGCAAUGUUGUGGUCACCCUGAAUGGAAUUUAGGAAUAUGCUAAGAGUUGGAGCUUCUGUCCACCCCUCCAUUUCCCAUGGUUGUAUCAAUGUCAAUAAUAAACUAUGUCUCGCUUACCAUCUCGGCAGACCUGGACUGACUUGGACCAUGUCAAAUCUCUGUAUACCUUAUCACUCAGGUUCUAUAAUAUACUCCUUUCGUACUAUACCAGUUCUACAAGAAAAUUUUUGAUGUAGAAAGAUGAAAGCGAAUGCGAAAAUGGAAAUAAAUUGGAUUGGAAACAUGCUCAAAAGUAAAAAUUGGAGGGAUCGACGGAUUGUCGUCUUUUUCUGGCGCAAUUGAAUUAAAACAGCCUAUUCUUUUAAUAUCACUGCGAGUGUGACAAUGGUCACGUUUUAUGUG